AUGGAGAAAGCAAGUGAAGAAGAAGCCGGUGAUAAAGAAGUUAAAGAAGGUGAUGUUGGCCCAUUUGACAGUGUUUCUGAAGUUCCUGAAGAAUCGGAUGACUUGAUUGUAGCAAUUCCUCCUCCAUUUGUACAACAUACUGAAGAACAAACGGAAGCUGUUGUCAGUCCAGCAUUCAAGGUCCUUGAUGAUCUCUACAAACAAGGCCUUUUGUCAAGUACAAAAUCAGGCUCCUUGAAGCAGAAAUACCUUGAAUUACAUCAAGUUCUGACACUCAUGGAAGAUGAAAAGGCAAUUUUGCAAAAAGAAGCAUCUCGUUUGCCUAAAGAGGGGGAACUGGAAGAGAAAAUUAAGCAUAUUCAAAAGAUCACAGAAGAAAUGAGAAAAGAAAUCUACCAAAAAUGCCAAGACUUAAAGCAACUUCAGGAAGAACAUGGAAAUAUUCAAAGCCUCUAUGAAAAAGAUGAAAAGGAGUAUGAAAAAUUGAAUGAGAAAAUAGGCCUUCUUAAGAGUGAAUUCCUAGAAAUCUCCUCACUUCCAAACCAAACUGCAAAAGAAACUGACAAACUCUCAAGAAAGAAAAAUGAAGUGGAAAAGAAGAAGAAUCAAGUGAAAAAGGAGUAUGAUGAGUGCUUGGCAUCUUUGAUGCAGUUGCAGAAACAAGCAAUUCAAUUGGAAAAAGAGAAGAAUGAGAUGAGGGAACAAACUGAUCGGACUUUGCUGUCACAGCUUGAAAUGGAAGCCAACAUUGACCACAAGUGGAAGGCAUUCCAGCUGACUAAAGAAAAAGUAGCACAGCUGAAAACUGAAAGGGAUGAGUUGGAUAUUUCUCUCUGUCAGGCUCUUGUUGAAAAGAAGAAGAUUUAUGAGAUGUUCACAUUAAAAUCACGUGAAAAAGAGAUGGAUACAAGAAUACAGAAAAAGUCUGAACUACAAUUAAAGGUUGCUGCUGAUAAUUUCAAUCAGAUCAAGACAAUUUAUGACAAAAUGAAUGUGCAGAAAGAAUCCAUGCCAGGUGUGGAUGAGGACUUGCAGCAAAGGAAAAAUGACCUACUUGCAGAAAAUGAGAUGAUAUCAAGGAAUUUGGAAAGUCAGAAAUCUUUAACUGCAAUGGAGCAUGUAAGGCUGGAACGCAGUGCAGAGUCUGAACAGAACCUUCUUUAUGAUCAAAGUGAUAUCCGAACGGAAUUGAAGGAGUUGAAACGUCUGUCGACCAUAAAGACAGAAGAAAGAGAUCAGAAGGCUCGUGAGAAAAAGCGUGCUGAUUCAAGAUACCGUGAUACAAAAGAAGAAUUGACAUCAAAAUAUAUAAUCAUUGAGGAUCAUAAGAAGAAAUAUAAAGAGAAGAAAUCAAGACUGAAAACUUUUGCCAAGAAAUAUGAACUAAUAAAGAAUGACAGGAACAAGUAUGUGACAUUGAUCCAGACAUGUACUCAGAAGGCCGGAGAAAUGAGGGAGAAAAUCAAGAUAUUGCAGAAUGAAAUUGAAAUCCUACGAACUGCUGUUCUUCAAAAGGACAAGCAGCUGCAUAAGGAACGCUUGAGACACAUGCACAGUGUUGUGGUACGAGAUGGUCUGCGCAAUGAACUGGAUAAACAACACAGGGUUGCCAUUGAGUUAGAUGAACGCUAUGACCAGCAGAAGAUGGAGACAAUGAAACUGAAUUACAUGAUCAACCAAGCUGAAGAUCAAAUGAUCAAACUUAGGAAACGAUAUGAAAAUGCCAUUCAAGCACGCAAUAAAAAAGGAGAGGCGCUCAUCAAGCUUAACUCAGAUGUCUGUCUGUUCUAUGAGAAGCAUAAUGUUCAAAAAGACUUGAUCAAAAGGGGCAACAUUGAAAUGGAGAAUUUAGAGCAAGAGUUGAAAAUAUUGCACCUGGAAAAGAAUAUGUACCAAAGGGAAUUGAGUCUGUUGCAGAAGGAACUUCCUGACAAGCGGAAUCUCUUGGAGGAACUGACCACUUCCCAAAUUCAGCUCACCCAAUGCCGGAAUCAAAGUGCUGAACUUGAGAAAUCAAUCAUCAAUCGUACAGAUGAAAGUGCUAUUCGAUUCCUUGCAGGAAAGGACCCUACUCCAGAGGAACUACAAGAUAAAAUAAAAAAGACGGAGAUGCAAUUGGCAGAGGUUGAAAUGCACCUGAUGGAGAAGGAACUGAUUGAUGAACAGGUAACACAUCUCUGUGAGAGGAUAAAAUGCAAGGCAGAGUUAGGAAAAGAUGACACUUUAGAUCUUGCAAAGAAGAUUAAUGAUUUGCAGCAUAAAAUUAAGGACACCACACGAAAGAUGAUGGCCCUUACUGCAGAGGUUUCCAUGAAACAGGCUUCCAAUAUAAUGUCGCAGAGGCAAUUGAAAGAAAUGGAGCAAUUGCUGGAACAGUGUUAUGUUCGGAUGGAGAGGGGUGAGGCACCAACAGAAGAGAUGGAACAGGAAUGGCUAAAGCUGAUGCAACGAGAGCAACAACAAAAAUUGCAACAGCAAGAGAAACAAAUGGUGAAAGAAGAAGAAAAUCUUUUGGAUAAUGGUGAAGUCACUACUGCAGAGCAGAGACCAAAUGCUUACAUUCCAGAUGAUGAAACAGAAUUACCAAUUCCAAGGCCUUAUGGUAAACAUGCCCCUUUCAAGCCUACUGAGACUGGUUCAAACAUGCGACAUAUUCGGAAGCCAAAUCCUAAACCCAUUGAGAUUUGA